CUGUACCCGCUGAGUCAGAAGCAGGCGCUGCUGAUGCUUCUGUGGAACUACCUGUCCAGGAACAUCUACGGGCCGGUGCAGCGCAUCACGAUGGAGAACUUCGACUCCGCAGACGCACUGGGCUCCCUAGCAGCCGGCGCCAGCUCCUCCUCCGCCUACCGCUGCGCCGACCUGGUUCCGGAGGACGAGCAGGAGCUGCUGCUGUGCAUGGACAUGCGGCUCACCUUCGCGGACUGGACGGAGGCGCUGUGGCGGAUCGUGACGGACUGGGCAGACAACGAGGUGCCGCCGGCGGACCGGUUGGCGGCGGUGCUGGGGCUGGAGC